AUGGCCCGUCAUCUCAGCUCUCCAUCCGACGUUGGGACCGAUUGUUCAAGCCCUGCCAACGUCAUGACAAGCCCACCGUCAUCACCUCCGGCCCACGAGCCGGUCAAGACCGAGACCGACGACGCCACCGAAAUCACAGAAGCUUCGACCGCGACCCUCGCCGACAUCUCUUCGGAAGACCAAGCUCUGAUCGAGGCCGAGGAGCGCCGCGCUCGCAAGGCCAAUGCCGUCGAAGAAGAACGUCGCUUGGCCGCCGCGCGGCGCAAGAACAAGAAAAAGGCCAACAACAAGGCCGAGCGGGAGGCCAAGGGCCGCGAAUUGGACGAGCUUCUUAAGCAGAGCGCGGCCUUUAGCGACAUCCUGACCAAAAAGACACAGGUACUGGGCCGCGUCGGGUCCGGGUUCGACGGUCAGACGCUCGGCGAGCACGACCUACAGAUGGCGACGCAGCCGAAGUGCCUGGUGGGCGGCACGAUGCGGGACUACCAGCUUGAGGGCCUGACGUGGAUGCUCGAGAUCUGCCUGCAGAACAUGAGCGGUAUCCUGGCCGAUGAGAUGGGCUUGGGCAAGACGGUGCAGACGAUCUCGCUCAUUGCCUUGUUGAGGGAGCAAGAAAACUACCUGGGCCCGCACCUGAUUGUGGCACCGCUGAGCACCCUGAACAACUGGAUCAACGAGUUUCAGCACUGGACGCCCUCGAUCCCCGUCGUCAUGUACCACGGGACACCGCAGCAGCGCAAGGACUUGUUCACGAAUCGGAUCCAGAAGCACCUGUCCAAGGGCCGGCCGACGGACCAGUUCCCCGUUGUCUGCACGAGCUACGAAAUCAUCUUGCGCGACCGCGCCGAUCUCUCGAAAAUCAACUGGGAGUUUAUCAUCAUCGACGAGGGCCACCGCAUGAAGAACUUUGACUCGAAGCUGUUCCGUGAACUGCAGUCGUUCCGGUCGGCGACGCGGUUUCUGAUCACAGGCACGCCCCUGCAGAACAACCUGAAGGAGCUGUGGUCGCUGCUCAAUUUUUUGAUGCCCAAGAUCUUCACGGACUGGGAGGCGUUCAGUAGCUGGUUCGACUUUAGCGAGCUGCAGGACGAGGACACGACGGCCGAGUUCAUCGAGGACCGCAUGAAGCAGGACCUGGUGAAGAAGAUUCACAUGGUGCUGCAGCCCCUGCUGCUGCGGCGUGUCAAGGCAGACGUGGCCAGCUACCUGCCCAAGAAGCGAGAGUACAUUCUGUAUGCGCCCAUGACCAAGGAGCAGACGGGACUCUACAACGCCAUCAGCGACAAGACUGUCGACACGCGCGCCUACCUGGAGAACAAGGUGGCCGAGCAUCUGACGGAAGAGGCUGCCAGCCGUACGCCGCCACCGUCAUCCAGGCCAUCGCGGUCGUCCCGCUCGAGUCGGGCAAGCACAGUUGUUGCUGUCAAGGAAGAGGAGACGGGAGAAGAAGAGGAAGCAAAGCCCUCCAAGGGGCGGACCAAGUCGUCUCGCUUCAAAGCACCACAAGCCAAGGUGGAGUUGAUUUCGGUCCCCAUUCGGAGCAGCCCGCGUGCUAAGAAGACGGUGGAGACGCCGCCGGCUCCCGCAAUCAAGGCGAAAAACGCGUUUGCCGUGCUGAUGGGCAAGUCAAAGACGAAUGUUUCUGCUGCUGCUGCCGCUGUCCCGGUCGCAUCGAUCGAGACCGCACCCCCGGCGGCCACCAAAAGGAUGACCACGAACAAACGCAAGACGUUGCCAACCACGGAAGAGCCUGCCUCAAAGAGCGCCAAGUCAAGCCGCCACUCGACGCCCGGCAGCAGCUUCACGGCAGCCAGCGACGUCUCCGCCAGGGACCUGUCUCGCACCAGGACACGACGCCGGCGCACCUACCACGAGGCUGACGCCUCGGACGAGGACAAGAUGUCCGACGAUGAAUUUGAGGCCGCUUUGCGCGACGAAUAUGCUGCCGCGGAGGAAGACGAAGGCAACGAGUCAGGCCUCUCUGGUCUCUCCGGCGAAGAAAUCCAGCGUGUGCAGACGCUCGAGCUGGCCAAGCGCGAGAUCGCCAACAAGAAGCUCGGCAACCCACUGAUGCAGCUGCGGCUCGUCUGCAACAGCCCGCACAAUUUCUACAACCCAUGGUCAUGGUCGUCUGAGAGCGGUGCCGACCGCCCCAUCGACGAGUCCAUUGUCACCUCGUCGGGCAAAAUGCUCUUGCUUGAUCGCCUGCUGCCCUCGCUCUUCCGCCGCGGCCACAAGGUCUUGAUCUUUUCACAGUUCAAGACCCAGCUCGACCUGUUGGAGGCGUACUGUGCCGAGCUGCGCCGGUGGAAGGUCUGCCGCAUUGACGGUUCCGUCGCCCAUGCCGACCGCCAGGCCCAGAUCGACCUGUUCAACCGCAGCCCGCGGUACAAGCUGUUCUUGCUGUCGACGCGCGCCGGCGGCCAGGGCAUCAACCUGGCCAGUGCGGACACGGUCAUUCUGUUUGACAGCGACUGGAACCCGCAGCAGGACCUGCAGGCGCAGGACCGCGCGCACCGCAUCGGCCAGACACGGCCCGUGGUCGUGUACCGGCUGGCAACCAAGGGCACGGUCGAAGAGGACUUGCUGAUGAGCGCGGACGCCAAGCGGCGGCUCGAGAAGCUGGUCAUUAAAAAGGGCGGGUUCCGCACCAUGGACCAGAAGCUCAAGCCAACAAUGGCUGUUGGUGCGUCGGGUGACGACGGUGCCGAAGAGGGCGAGGGCAACGACCUCGACGCGGACACACUACGGUCGCUUCUCCUCAAGGACGGCCAGGUGUACACGGUGUCGGGCGACAGCGACGUCGUCCUGAGCGACCACGACCUGGACGUGCUGUGCGACCGCAGCGACGAGGCCUAUGCACAGGCCGCCAGCGGACAGGGCGACGCAGCGGCGUUCAAGGUCAUUGAGACAGGCGUGAACGGCAUUACUGAAUCGUUUAAAACGGCGGCCAAGUAG